AGAAAAUGAAUUUACUAUUUUGCCCAGGACAUCUUUCUCCCUAUUUCCCUCUAGGCCCUGCCUCAGUCCCUUUUCCCUCCCAUUCUUGAUUUUCCGAUCGUCACCCUAGGCCAACGUCGCCGACUCCUCCUGCGCCGGCAUUGCUCUCUGUUACUCCCUCUCCCUCUCUUUCGAUCGAUUUCAGCGCAAGUCGAAGAGAAGCAGGAGGCUGUGUAAUUGCGAUUCAAGCUGCGUUCCGGCCACCUGCGUUCGAUUUGCGCCGACCGGAGCUCCUUGCUCCGUCUCUUCACCACUCAUCUUCUCUCUCCUUCUCUUCCAGCGAGCGCAGCAAGAGUGAGCUACGAUUUCUCUUCGACCGACAGCUUCUUUCAACACUGCCUUUGCUCCUCCUUGAUUUUUCGCCGUAUUCUACAGUCGGGAGAAAAGGACAGAAGAAAUGGCUAGUCAACAGCAAAGUGAAAAGAAUGAGCAGAGCAAAGCUCCUGAAGGUAUCAUACAAAUGGUAGAACAACAGUAUCAAAAAAUUAAAGAGAAUGCAGAAACCUAUCCAUAUGUUUGGGGAUCAUAUAUAGUAGUAUAUGGUGGUUUUACCUUAUGGACUGCCUACAGGUGGAGAAAACUCCGGAAGACUGAGGACAGGGUACGAGCUCUUCAAGAGAGACUACGCAAGCUUGCUGAAUCUCAAGAAUCUUCAUCUUCAACGACUACUGAAAAGAUUCCUUCUUCCAUUGAUAAAUCCUCUAAACAAUCUGCAGCAUCAACAACUAUUGGAAAGGUUCCCUCUUCCAUUGAUAAAUCAUCCUCCCCAGGGACAAAGCAGCAACAUUGAAGGGAAUUCCCUACCCUCCCUUAAAAAAAUAUAUUCUCACAGCUGGUCCUGAGUUCAAACCUAAUACCUGUGGCUUUUAGGAGCUUUAUGCUAACCAUUUGUCCCUACCAUAAUUUACAUUUCUGGGCUGUCCCUGCUCCCCUCCUUCCCAAAAUAGCUAGUUCACUUAAACUUCUUCCUCUAAGAAACAAAACAAGCAUUUCCAUCAAGUUUUGAAUAUAAAUCUCCACUCAUUGAUAAUUUCUCUACUUAUUCUAUUUAGAAAUUCGCAAAUUAUUGAAGCUGUUAGUCAAAUUUAUGUGAUACUAUUGGCUUUUUGUUAUAUUGCAAAAAUUUUUGGCAAAGGUAUUUGAGUUU